AUGUCCUACACGAAACCCUCAACGAUGGACAAAGUCGCUGACACUAUACUAGGCUGCUUUUCAGUAUUCGCUCCUUCAGAAUUCACUGACCAUCUCGUCCGAUACCUAGGAACUUGGAGCGGAAGCGAUAAACUCUUCGCAAUUAUCGAGUAUACCCUCAAGCUUCUAGUGCCCUUGCUCAACAAGCGUGCCCGUUUUCGCAAUAAAGUGUAUUCACGUCAAGGUACUACUAGCUCUGCCGCUGCCCGGGUAUCAAAAUUGGCCGGAACAAUAUCUGAUUCGAGGACUUUGUGGAGAUUCUGGGGUUUGCUCACGAUUAUCAAAUGGAUGAUUUCUUUGGAACAUAACGCCCAACCCACACGAAAGCUGCUCAAUAUCGAGCGCCUACAGGGCUGGUCGAUGGUCGGAUACUAUCCUCUCGAACAUCUCAGCUACCUUGUCUCGCACGAUAUUCUUCCAUCUAGGUCAACCGUUGAUCUGUCUCCAUUUUUAACUAAGAAGAGCAGACUCGAACUUAAUGCCGGAAAGUUAGGUCUAUGGUCCGUCAGAUGCUGGGCGUUCUACGUCGCACUACAAUUUGCGCACUUGCGCGAAGACAGGAAACUGCUCCAAGCAAAAUACCAUGCACUUCGCAAGGCUGGUCUGAAACCGGCAGAGAAGCAGGAGAUACAAAAGCGUUGGCAUGCAUACUGGAGUGACCUUUUGGUUAACGUAAUCAACUUCCCGCUCGCUUUGCAUUGGUCCACUGGAAGCACAUUGAUCAAGCAUGAUUCUGUUGUUGCCCUCCUCAAUUUAAUCGUAGCCGUUAUGUCGUUCAGAAGCGGAUGGAUAGCAACUGCCCUUCCUUCACCCGCUUCAGUGGCAGAGACAACAGACAACGUGGUGGAACCGGUCGCCGAGAAUGUGACUGCAUAUGAUGCAUAA